AUAAAUCGUCCAUAGUGAAGUCAUCCAAGUCACGUUUAGGUGACGUCACGUAACCCUCCGCCGGUUGGCUUUCCGUUCAGCGCCCUAGCUUACGCUCCAUUCAUCGAGCACGUAAACAAGAGCUGCCGACACGAAGGUAACACUACGCUGUCCGCCGCCUGAGCGACACCAGCUUUCUUUAAACGAUGCUCUAAAACUUAUCUGUUCCAGGGCGCCGGGGGAGCUGCUGCUUAGCCUUUAAAGAAGGAGAAAGUAGAGGCUGUAAGCUAACUGUGCUGCCCGGCGGUACAUGGAAGCGGCGGCAGCCGUUACCGCGGAGGUUCUGGGUUAGCCAGCCGGUUUGCAGAGUCAACACCGGGAGCUGUGUGCUUAGUUUAAAGUUUACCAGAAGAAGGAGGACGACAAAUGCGGCGGAGGGUGCGCUGAGCAGCUAAUGUGGGCGGCGUUAGCUCCGGCAGGAAAAGAGCGUUGCUUGGGGAGAGUCAGCUGACAGCCUUCUGCUGCCAACAGCCCAGUGAUGGACCAGCUGAAAGUGAAGGACCGCAUACUGGAAAACAUCUCGCUGUCCGUCAAGAAGUUACAGAGUUACUUCGCUGCCUGCGAGGAUGAAACUCCAGCUAUCCGCAAUCACGACCGGGUCCUUCAGCGUCUUUGUGAACACCUUGACCAUGCUCUGCUCUAUGGGCUACAGGACAUCUCAUCAGGCUACUGGGUCUUGGUCGUUCACUUCACCAGGAGGGAGGCUGUCCGGCAGAUAGAUGAGCUUCAGCACAUAGCCACCAACCUUGGUCGAAGCCGAGCGUGGUUGUACCUGGCGCUGAGUGAGAGCUCUUUGGAAAGCUACCUGCGCCUCUUCCAGGAGAAUCAAGGACUGUUACAGAAGUAUUAUUUCAAAAACGCAUUGGUCUGCAGCCAUGACCACCUGACGCUCUUCCUCACGCUGGUGUCCGGCCUGGAGUUCAUUCGCUUUGAUCUGGAGCUGGACGUGCCCUACCUAGACGUGGCGCCAUACAUGCCCGAAUACUACAAGCCGCACAACCUGCUGGACUUCGAGGAGCGCCUCCCCAGCUCGGACAGCCUGUCUCUGCAUUCCUUCACGUCCCUGACUUCCACCAACCUGGAGUGGGAUGACAGCGCCAUAGCCCCCUCCAGUGAAGACUAUGAUUUUGGUGACAUGUUCCCCGUGUUGCAGUCGUUGCCAAGUGCAGACUGGGAAGAGGGUGACUUGACUGAUCAGGCCAGCUGCCCGCGGUCGGCUGGCUCUGAUCCCCAGACGGUCAUCAGUGACACAGCAGCGGUCACUGGCACGGCGACAGGGACGGCGGCGGCUCGGCUGUCUCCGCACAGCCCCCCGUCUCGGCACAACCCCUUCAACGAGGACUCCGACACCAACACCUCGGCGGACGUCACUCCGGUUCACGCGGCCAGCCGCCGCAGCACCACCGGAGACGAGGCGGAGCUCAACGGCAACGAGCUCGAAGUCAUCAGGAUGGCUAAGCGAAAGAAGCCCGGCAAGAAGCGGCGUGGAAGGGGAUCCACGGAUUCCAGCAGCAGCAUCCAUACCUCCCUCUCCUCCGAAGCCGUGGAGACGAACCACAGCAACUCGGAGGACGUCGAUUCGAUAAACUCCACUGUGGUGCUCCUAGACAGCGAAGGAGAGCAGAGCAGAAGCAGGGUCGGGUCGGCGAUCGAAGAGGAAGGGGGCGAGGAGGGAUCAGAAGGCCUGCUGCGGCUCCCAGAGAUGGCGGACACCUCCAUGGACGCCGUUGGCCGGCCCCUCAGCGACGUCAUGGAGCGGCUCAACGGGUCCUGGGAGCAGCGGGAGAACACCGAGCAAAGCUGCCAACAGAGCUCCGAGCCUCCCGCGCAGCAGCCCUUUCGCAAGGACUCUGAGGGAAAGCCCCCGGACCCCUCUCCAGGAGAGACGUUUGAUCCCUCUCUGGCCGAAAGACCAGGCGUCCUGCACACGCCUCCUGUGUCUGCAGACCUCCGCUGCUUUACCCCCAGCAGUCCAGACGCUGCUGACCCGAGUGGUGGCCACCAUGACGCUGCAGAGCAUGGCCAGUCGCAGGCUCUUUCAGGUAGCCUUGAAGAUGGAGAAGAAGAAGAAGAAGCACCAGCGGGACAGAAGCCCGCCGUGAAGGAGGAGGGGAGCGUACAGGAAGAUCUGACCGUCGCUGAGGAAACGCAGCAGCGCGAGAAACUCAGCCCUUCUGAAAUUUCUCACCCAGCAGAGUUCAAGGUGGACAACAAUCACCUGCUUCUUCUCAUGAUCCACGUAUUCAGAGAGAAUGAGGAGCAGCUUUUCAGGAUGGUGAGGAUGAGUACAGGUCACAUGGAGGGGGACCUGCAGCCUCUCUAUCUGCUGCUGACCGACUGUUACAUCUACUUACUGAGAAAGGCUGAGAAACCUUACACAGUGGAAGAUGCCGUUUCCUACAAUGAGCUUGACUAUCUCUCUGUGGGCCUUGACCAGCAGACGGUAACGCUGGUUUGUACCAACAGAAGAAGAAAGUUUCUGCUGGACACAGCUGAUGGCUCCCUGACUGUCUGGUUCCUGUCUGUCCUGAAGUCGGCCAUGGUCCAGGGCUGUCGAGAGCCUCCCUAUCCUGCCGUCCUCACAGACGCCACCAUGGAAAAGCUAGCUUUGAAUAAGUUUGUCUCUCAGGAGUCUCAUUGUGAGGUUUCUGAGGUGUCCAUUCAGCUUUAUUCAUUGGUCCACUGGGAGGACCCAAUGGACAUGACUGUGUCUCCCCAAGGAGGCACUCCCACCUCUGGAGUCCCUUCCAGCACCAAAGAAGGUCCUCUGCUGUACAGGUCUGGAACCAGGUACCUGGGCAAAGAGAUGUGGAAGAGCUGCUAUGUCGUUCUCAGCAAUGGGAUUCUGUACAUCUACUCGGAGAGGAUAGACGUGACCCCUCUGCUGUCGGUCACCAUGGGAGGGGAACACUGUGGAGGUUGCCGUCGCUCCAACAACACCGAGCGCCCACACGCCUUCCAGGUCAUCCUGACGGAUCGCCCCCCGCUGGUGCUCAGUGCCAACGACGAGCAGGACAUGGCCGAGUGGAUGCAGCUCCUCUGCCAGUCUGUUUCCAAAGGAGUUAUCCCCCAGGGCGUGGCCCCCACCCCGUGUAUCCCAUGUUGCCUGGUGGUGACAGACAGCAUGCUGCUAACUUGCCAUCAGGACUGUCAGACGAGCUUCUUCCGUUCGCUGGGCAGCGCUGACAUCUGCGACGUGACCGCCGUCAGCAUAGAGCCUGACAAGGAGUACUGCGUUAUUGAGUUCGCAGCAGAUCGGACUCACUUCCUCCCUCCAUGGGUGUUAUACUUCAGCGGCUGUGAAGAGAGGGAUCGGCUUCUGGAGGCCCUGGACAAGACGUGGAAAGACAUUUUUCAGGUUGACCUCCCCCACAGAGAGCUGUCGGACCCACUGGUGCAGAAGCGCUGCGGCGACGCCCUGGAGCUGAUGAAGAGCGCCUGGCAGAGGGCAGACAGCCUGGCUCGAGGCAGAGCCCAGCGGGAACCCUGGUGCUGACGGACGCUCUCAUCCACAUCUCUGACCGUCUGCGCGCGUCUUCACCGAUGCUACGCGGUCCGCCGGAGGAUCAAGUGUCAGCGUAGCUUUCAGAAGUAAUGUUCUGGGCCAGCACUAAUCAGCCAGGGGGGGAAAAGCCCAUCAGACGUGAGGAGGUCGUUUUACUGAAGCCAAGAACAUUUAAUGCUAACGCUGCAGAGCAUGCACACUGAGAGCUGUGGUCCUGCAGCAGUAGAUUCCUCUUAAAAUAGCUACAUUUAGAAUAAGGAUGGCUGUCUAACCUUUGACCCCUACGAUUUAGGUGAGACCGAAGCGCGACAAGAAUCAGCAGCCAGGAGCUUUAUUAUGCAUUCAUAUCAGUCUGAAUGCUUUGUAUUGUGUAUAUACCUGGAGAAGUUCAAAAUUUGAUCCUUUGCACAGAAGAGUAUCUAAAGCACUCACCGCUUGCAUAACGCACAGCUUUAUACAUUUGAAGGUUUGCUUUAUUUUCUGACGGAUGCUAUUGCUAACGGUUAAAACGUCCUAAUAAAGCUGACCUGAGGUACAGAGGUAGCACAGUCGGCGGUGUGGGCGCUCGGUCGCUGACGGUGGUCUGAUACGCAGAUUGGUUUGAGGCGAGUCAGAGCACAUACCUCCACACUGACUUAUUCUCACAUAAACGUCCAGGGCCCUCUCUGAAGGAGAUCUGAAUAUUUUAUUCCACUCUAGGGAAACACUCUCAUGCCUGAAAUGUCUUGUUUUAUGUUGAAAUGUUUUCGCCUGAAUAAUUUAGCCUUUUUUUUCUCCACUUUGUGGAAACAGAUGGAGGUCUGCACAUAGGUUGUUUUUUUUUGUUUGUAUUCAAUCUGUGCGAAGUUUAAAUACUUUUUUUCUUUUCACUCAAGAAGUAGUUGGGAACAAUUGUUCAAAGAUUUAUUUAAUUUGCAGAUUGAUCGGUUUAGUUAAUUUUGCCGACGUUUGCUUCUAUUUAAUUGAGUGUUAAAUGUUGCGGCAAAUUGUGAGUUUGCUUUAAUCAUUUCUUUGACGAAGGCCGAUCCGAUAUCACAGCUUUGGACGAAGUAAAAGUUGCACAAAAGAGUUGUAGAUUUUGAUAGUGACAUCAAAUCUCCAUCAAUCUGUCUUUAGCAAGACGUAGUAAAACCUGUGUUGUAUUUAUAGGGUCGUUUCAUAGGCUGUGUGUUGGCUGUUAUUAAAACAUGAAUGUAAUGUUUCGUCUGCGUUGACAAUUUUUAGCCUUUAUGGUCUGCGACGGAAGAAUCGACUGAUUUCAUGUUGUUUUAACGUUUUAAUCAGAUGCCUUGUCGAAACAUGUUGGAGGUCAAUGAAACGUUUGUUUUGUUGGGGUUUGUCUUCGUUUUCCUUCAGGUUUUUAUUACCUUUAGUUAAACGUUAACUCAGAUAGGCGCCUGGGUGUGAAACCAUAAUACUUUAAACACAGAUAUGGAAGAACUUCCACCAAAUUGAGCAUUUUAAGCUAACCGAGCUCAGCCAGAAAGGCUGUUUUUAUACAAGUAUUAACUCCGUUGCUAAAUAUGCACUGGAUUCAAACGCCUCCUAGCCAUAUACAUGCAUAUGUGUACAUGUACAAUCACACUGUGUUAUCUGUGUGUGUGUGUGUGUUAGCAUUAAUCAGGGCAGCAAACCUUUCUAAGUGCCACUUGGUCUUGCUUUCUUGUUACUCUUUUACAAAGAAAUCUCAGGUGAAAGAAGGUCCCAGAACCUUAAGGAUCACCUUGUGUGUUUUUGCUUUUGCUACAACAGCGGUUCAGUUCAGUGCGGUAUUUUAUAAACCUCCCCUGUUUUUUAAGCUUUGGGAUAUUGUAAUGCUCAGUGCAGCGUUAUGAGGUCAUAUUUGCACACACACACACGGGGAGGUGCGUUUGGAAGAGGUUAUCUGGACCGUCCUCUUUGCGAGGGUAAGUUGUUUAUUUAAAAACCUGUCCGCGAAUUCUUAAAGGACCCAUUGAUUUGGGAGAGUAACGUUGGAGAUUUGACGGGCUUGUUAUCCGGUGCUUAGAACUGUGCCUGUGGGUUGUAUCUAAAGAAGAAGUCAAGUAGGUGUCGUUGAUCGUUUUAAAUGUGGGGAAAUUGCUGGUCAAUGAUGGAUAAUAUCUUUUAAACGGUAUACUGUCAAAGUUUUUUUUUUUCUUUCUUUCUACAUGCACAUUGCAUGGAAUAUUUGUACCAUUCGUUAAAUUUACUCAAAUGUAAAUAAAGCACUAAUAAUAACAGUCUGUCCCAUUUAAACAAACGCAUGUUCUGAAGGUUUUCUACUGUUCUGGGUUGCAGAGAAUGUACAAACAAAGCUUUGGAAAAUGUAACUAAAUAAACUAAAGAAACUCCUGA